AGUGCCUGCAUUAUUUAGUUGAUUCAUAUUAAGGUUGGGCAGGUAAAGCCAAUAAAAUUUUCAUAAAUAAAUAAGCAUUGUAUUCGUUUUGGGACAGAUGUUUUCUGAUUAUCAUUACUAGAUGGUAAAAUGGGAAAAUUUUUUUAAAAAGCCAAAAAAAAAUCAAUUGUGGCUAAAUAAAUCGUAAGAUAUUUGGAUUGUAAGCAUGUCGUAUCAUCAUCAUUUAAAUGGAGGUGCCAGCAGUAUUGGGGUGGAUUCCGGUACGCAAAGAAGUGGGGGCAGCGGUCCGCCCUUGCACGGCGAAUAUUCUGGUGAUGAGCGAGAAUCCAGAAGCGGCGGUGGUGACGACCGCAACGAUAACAGUGAAAUAAUAAUUCAUAACAAGCCGACUUAUCUGUUGGAGCACUUGGCCACUUUUACUGUUAACAAAGAUUCCGGCAUUGUUUACCCGGCUGAUGGGAUGCGACGUCUACUGCAGUUGGAGAAAACAACAGGAAUAUGGUCGCAGAAAAUGCAACUUUGUCUCGAUCAUCGCUGGGUUCUAAUUAUGGACUACGAGACGGGAAAUAUUAUCGAGAAAUUUCCGGCUUCACUUAUACAAGAGCCAACCGCUUUCACAUCUACUGAUGCUAUGGAACUAUACAAUAAUAUCUUAGUAUUUAUCGUUUCUGGAGGAAAUGGAGCACGCUCCGAAAUGCAUAUAUUCCAGUCCCAAAGUGUAUCAGCCGUGCAUCUGGUGGAGGAUUUAAAAAACUUACAGCGCGGUAAUUUCGUUAUGCCACAAACAGAAUCGAUUUCGCAUAAUGCCCAUCAAGGUUACAAGCAGACGAAUAAUAACAACUAUGCCGAUGCUGCUGGUGUCAACAAGCCUAUGCACUCUCGAUCCUCAGAUCAUAACACACGUGGACAUCACUAUUCACAAACUUUGGAAAAAGAGCACGCGUACGGUGGACGUAAUGCUGCGGCUAUCGAUAGUGAUCUAGCUGGCGGAGUCGGUGGCGACACGGACUCGGAUCAUGCUGGUGUGGGCAUUAGCUUGAAUGAUGAAACAAGUUCAGUUUCAAGUGACAAAUAUGAGCGGGAUGUUAAUGUUCUGAACCAUUGUUUCGAUGAUAUUGAAAAGUUUAUAGCUCGCUUACAACACGCAGCUGCAGCAUCCCGAGAAUUAGAGCGCAGACGUCGUAAUCGUAAGUCGAAGAAAAAGGAUCCGGGUGAAGGUCUAUUAACUUUGCGCACGCGACCCCCUCAUGAAAAGGAAUUCAUCGAUAUUUUUGCGAAAUUUAAAUUAUCUUUUAAUCUGUUGGCUAAACUAAAAUCUCAUAUACAUGACCCCAAUGCCCCCGAAUUGGUCCAUUUCUUGUUUACGCCAUUAGUUUUGAUUGUGGAAGCAGCCAAUGAUACUUAUUAUGAGUCGCAGCUACCGACGAGAGUAACUAAUCCUCUUUUAACACGAGAAGCAGUAAAUUUAUUAAUUAACUGCGUCACAAGCAAGGAAACUGAAUUGUGGAGGUCUUUGGGCGAUGCCUGGACGGUUCCACGUGAUCAAUGGAAAGAAGAUGUAGGAUCCUAUCAUCCGGUCUUUCUUGACGGUUGGUCACCUGACUAUUUAAUUGUUGAUGAGCAUGAACCUACCACUCCACCAACGCUGCCAAUCGGAGUGGGUAAUGCACGUAGUGCAGACAGUGGUCGUGAGUCCACAACUGUUGUGCCGGAUUCUAAUAACUCAACAUCUCUAAUACACGAUGCUGGUGGAUAUGACGAUUAUGAUGGGGGCAGCGAUAAAUACAUUUCUAGCCAUCCUGCUGAAAAUAUACGUCGUAGUCCUGGAGUUAAUACAGGCGAUUAUUUGGCGCGUAGUGAACUCAAUAUCGAAUCUAUAGAACGGCCAAGUGGUCUAAUUGAACAUCAACAUCAGCGUAAUGUUAACCAUCAAAACCAAAUUGGUCCGAAUAAUCAAGUCCAACUUAUUACUGCUGGUAUGCAGAAUUUGUACACACGUAAUCAACAACAACGUCUCGCCACUUCCACAAAACAAACUCAAGCAACAACUACGGAAAUAAUGAAUAGUUCAACAACUGGCGAUGAUCAAAAAGUGGAACAGUGGCUGGAUGAGCUGCAAGCUAACGGCUCGAAAAUCGUUUUGGUAACAUACCCAAGAACAGCUAACAAUGACAAAGAAUUAAGCGUUGUCCAUGGUGAAUAUUUAGAGAUACUUGAUGAUUCACGAAAAUGGUGGAAGGCUCGUAACAUUCAUGGACAGAUUGCUCAUGUGCCUCAUACAAUAGUUACACCUUUCAAUUAUGGCGACAACGAUGCAAAUCGCGUUGAACCUUUUUAUAACCGCCAUCAAACAAACUCGAAUUAUACAUCGCUAAAAACAGGCAAUAAUACCCAUAGGCUGGAAAAUGUCGAAACACCGCCGCCAUCAGGACGGCCAACGUCAAACGAUAAUACGGAAUGGAUACGUAGCAAACAAAUGGGAAAGAAGGGGGAAUUUCGAUAUUUUUGACCUAAAUCGAAUUAAUUGCGUCUCAUUGUCGUAACAUAAUUUAUAAUUACUUUUUUUUAAGAUAAACAAAAAACUCGAAAAUUUACAUAUGUACUUAUAUUGCAUAUUAUAAACAUACUUUUAUAUAUGAGAAAAAAAACAAACGAAUUUUAUUAAGUUUCGGAAAAUGAUCAAAAUUAUAAUUU